AUGGGCCUUUCACCCGCAAUUGGGCCUCCACGUCCAAAAAUGGCGAGCAACAUGGCCCAACCCCUUCAACUGGUCCUCUUCCGCCGGUAUUCUUCCCACGUUCAGUUCGCUGUUUUGGAUCCCAAUUCGGCUCAAAAGGCCUAUCCGUCGGCACACGGCCGGAUGCUGAGCCUCUUGGCGGUGCCGGCGCUGGUGCUGGGCCUGGGGCUGGCGCUGCGGCGGGUGGCGCAGGCGGCGCUGAGAGCGAGGUACCACGAGAACCGGAGCUUUGUCUUUGAGAACUGGUUUGCUGGGGUGGAGAAGGUGACCUUCCCCACCAAGAGCGUGCCAUUGGACGCGGAGGAUGUGGAAGCGCUGGCCCGUGCCAGCGACGACGCCUUGGCGCUGAUCCCAGGGCGCAAGGUGCGGCCCUGCGACGGCUUGCGCCUGGAGCGCCUGGCCCGCGCCGUGCAGAAGGCCCUCGAGGAGCUCUCCGACGCGGAGCUGGACGAGGCCGGUGCGGCGCCGGGGCUGGGGGCCUUUGUGCGGCUCAACUACCUGUCGCCCAAGGACGCGGUGCUGGACAACUUGGAGCAGCUGGGCGCGGCCCAGAAGUGGCCGCAGGUCCUGGCCCAGGCGCGGCAGGAGCUGCCCAAGGCCUCGGAGGAGACCCAGCGCGCCACCGCCGCGCUGCGGCUGCUGCUGGCGCUCACGCGGGUGGCCUCAGGCGAGGAGGCGCUUUGGAUGCUGACGCACAGCCACCGGACCUUUGAAGACUUCUGGCUGCGGCGCCUGCGCAUCGACGCCCAUUGUCUCCGGGGCACCGUGGAUCGCAUCCAGGUGCGGCGUUGGGAGGCGGAGCUGCUGCCGGAGGCAGAGCUGCGGGGCUUCGUGUUCCAGAAGAAGCUAACGGCGCUUUCACAGUACCAUUGCUCUGUGCUGGUGCCACGCUUCGUAGAGGACCCUGUGGGGACUUUGGGCCUGGUGGUGGACUUCUUCGGCGGGAUCCGGGACAAGCUGCCGGAGGUCUGCGUGGUGGACUUUGCCUUUCUGCGAGGUGGGGGUUUGCGCGUCAUCGAGUGCAACCCCUUUGGCCCGGUCACCGGCAGCUUGCUCUUCGAUUGGCACAAGGACGCCUUGGUGCUCGCCGGGUGGUGGCCCAGCCGACACCCGAUCUUCAGGUACGUGCGCUCGGAGAAAGAGCUGGGGGGCCAGGGCCAGGUGCCGCUGGCGCAGGUCCUCGAGAAGUUGGACCUCCUGGCGAAAGCGGACAGCGGAAAGAAAGCGCCAGGCCUCAGGGCCGCGAGGGCCGCGGGGUCCCGUUGCAACUUGCCCAAGAGGACAGAGCCUACAGAGCUGGUCCCAAGGAUUCUGGAGAAUGUCUCAGCCAACCUCACGCGCGAGAGAAGUCCUCAGACUCAGGAGGAGGUCGCUACCACGACCAUCACCUUGUCAGCCACAACCGCGGUCGCCACCAUCGCCACCAACGGCAGCAGCAGCAGCACCACCACCACCACCACCAUGCGACCGCCCGGCCGGCGCUUGAGCGCGGCGGCGCUGCGGGUGCUGUGCCACCUGGGGGAUGCUGAGGUGGCAGACGACAACUUCAACUGCUCAGAGGUGACAGUUCCUAUGGACUACUUGCAGGUGUGCGGCCGCUGGCAGUGCCGCGACCCCAAGGUGGACCACUGCGUCUUCAGCUCCGGGUCCUGGGAGCAAGCGGAGCCCCCGGAGCCCGCGGAGCCCGCGGAGCCCCCGGAGCCCGUGGAGCCCGGCGCCGGGAACGCCUCCCAGGCCCCUCAACAGGUCAGCCUGGCGCUGCGUAGACUGCGGCGGGCCCCGGCGCCGGCGUCCUUUUCCCCGGAGAUCGAAGUGGAGGGAUCGGAGCCGGAGGUGAAGAACGCCACGCGCUGCGCCAACUGCUGCCGCCGCUCCGACCCCUUCUUUAUGUGCGACAGCGAGGAUGCCGCGAUCAAACCGGCGGGCUUGGUGCCGGUGGAGGUGAAGAACGCCUCGCACUGCGCCAGCUGCUGCCGGCGUUCCGACCCCUUCUUUCAAUGCGAUAGCGACAAUGCCGCGAACCUCUCCAAGAUCUGGGGCGCCUUUGGCCACUUGGUCUCCAAGCUGAACUCUGGCGACCCGAAGCCGCGCGGUCGCGAAGGGGACGCCGACUCCAAGAACGCGUCGGGCUGGAACUUCUGCGCCGAGGAGGGCCAGCUGUGCCUGUGCCUGGGGGAGGUGCGUUUUGGACUGGAGACUGCCUGGGCAGCGGAGACCCUGUGGGCCAAGAACGGCCUGGUCUUCUGCUCCGCGGACACCUUCAGCGCGGCCGAGAAAUCGCCGCCGCGGCGCUGCGAGUGCCGCGGCGCGGAGGGCGACGAAGGCGGCGGCGGGCCGCUGGUGGUGCCGAGCCGCGGCAGUCGCCUCGCGUCCAACGUAAGCUCCCGGCGGCCGGUGGAGGAGGGCAGGUUCAUCAGGAGCCAGCCCUACUCCGACGACUUCCUGAACGGGGUGCGCUACGACUACGCCUCGAUGCACGCGGGGGCCCGGCUGGUGACCCAUGCCAAGGGCCUUCUGCACGCGAAGUCGGUGCUGUCCCCGGACAAGUCCCUCUACAUGUUGUCUCCGUGCCAAACGCGGACCUGGUUCGUAAUCAGCCUGCUCGAGGACAUCUUCGUGGAGCAUGUGGGGCUCAUCACGCUGGAGCUCUUCGCCUCGGGGUAUCGCCAUCUGCAGAUCUUGGGCUCCAACCAGUACCCCACAGAGACCUGGCGACUGCUGGGGGAGAUCGAGAGUAACUUCAGCUCCAACUACGAGAUCUUCGACGUGGGCAGCCGGUGCCAACGCUUAGCGGAGGAGUGCUGGGUGGGGUUCCUGAAGAUCCGGGUGCUGAGCCACCACCGCAUGGAGGACAACUCCUUCUGCGCGCUGACGCGGUUCCAGGUCUUCGGCGCCACGGCCACGAACUACGUGGCCAAGGAGCGCACUGCGGAAGAUCAGCGCGACCGGCGAGUGGAGCCGAGUUUGGUGGACAUUGCCAAGUGGCACGAGGACAUGACGCGCCUGGAGUCCCGGGAGGAGUCG